AUGUUCUUGUUCGGGGAUAUGAGCUAUUCGUAUUCUUAUGAACGCGCGCGGCAAGCGCAGGAAGUUUUGGUGAGUGAUGGUCCUGUCGUCGGACUCGUGUUCGCCAGUGGCGAAUUUAUAUUUUGCAGUUCUGGGGUUCUCUGCGCCGGAUGCGGGAACGGCCCGAACCAUUCCGUGGCCAUCGCUGGUUACGGCGGGGACGCGCGUGGACGAAAUCCCACGGGCCGCCGCUGUUUCUAUUGGGGCCCGCUGAACUCCUGGGGGGGCGCGUGGGUCGCGCCACGCGAGAUCAUGUGCUUUCAUGUCCCAGGCGCCAUCGCCACUGGCCGCGCGAACGCCUUCCCAAGCCUUAUGUUCCCCGACGAGGGCGGCGGCGGGGGAGGGGUCGGCGGUGGCAGCGAGGGGGGCCCCUUCAAGAUCGUGAAGGGUAAUUGUCAGAUCGUGCAAGAGUGUGGCGAGCCCAAAUUUUCCGGGCGCGUGAAGACAAGACGACAGUUGCGUCAUCGAGGUCACCGUGGAACAAGGCAGUAA